UACAUUUUGUAUACAAUAAUUAAAUCUGACACGAUUUAAUUAUAAUAAUCAAUAGGAGGGGACUUGCUAAAAAAGUUGCAAUAAAAAAAUUGUUUUAUCUUUAUAUUCAAAAUAUAUUAAAAAUCUUGUAAUUUAAGUAUACUGCUCACAAUUAUAAAAUGAGUAUAACACCUCCCAUCAAACCACCGCGAGGGAUCAAACCAACAAAAGAAACGAGUGGUUUGCUGAUGUCAGUGAUCCGUACUUUAUCAGCGAGCGAAACAAACGAACAACGUGAGAUUGAGAAAGGCAGGUUGGAAAAGGAAUACAAACGAAGUGAUCAACGACUAGAAGACUUGGUUUCGAAGCAUGAUCAGGAUCUCAUGGAAGUUAUGCAGAUAUUCAGUGCACUAUCUGAAAAAGUUACAUCAGCGCGAGAAAAGAUUCAUGCAGUAAAGGAGAAUCUGAAUGCCUGCAAACAAUUAUUGAGAUGUAAACGAGAAGAGUUAUUGAAUUUGUGGCUGGAAGGAAUAGAACAUAAGCAAGUCUUACAUCUUCUAAAAGAUGUGUCUUCAGAUUCAUAUGGACGUAUAAUGAUAACAGGUUUAACCGAGCCUGAAUUAUUAUCAUCCAAUGCAUCACAUGAUACUUUAACAGAUCAACAAUCAUAA